GGCGAUGAUGUUGAAAGAAAAUUAAUAUCAUCUGAUUAUUCUCAUCAUCAUAAACGAUCAUCGAUUGAUAUUAUAACACGAGAAACGAUUGCCGCUUUCGAACAAAAUGUUCAACAAGAAUCGAUCGACAAUGGCCACGAUGGUAAUAGUUGUAGGCGAAAAAAUUCAAUAGAAACAAACGGCCAUCAUCAUCAAACGGAUCAAACGCAAGCAAAAACAUUUACAAAUCAAUCGACUAUCAAUCACUAUUCACCGGCAUCAAUGUUUGAUGUCAAAUUUAAAUCCUAUCAUAAUAGCAACAACAACAACAACAAUCAAGACAAUCUUUUCGUAUCGACAUCAACCAAUAAUAAUAUUGGAAAAAAUAAUUUUAGUCACUUCAUUAAUUGUUCACCAAAUAAUAAUAGUUUCAAUAGUCCAACGACCACAUCAACGUCUACAAUAUUGAACGUUCCUCUAUUGUCAACGACAAUGAAAUCUCAUAUAGCACCGACCGGAAAGAAUUUAUGCGAUAAAUGCGGUGGUUCAUAUGCUACAUUGGCAGCAUUGAUUAGUCAUAAAAAAUCAUGCAAAAGUAAGAAAAAAUUACCUUCAACAACAACGACAACGACGGCAAGAACAAUUAUUGAUCAUCAUGGAUCAUCAUCGUCGUCGUCGGUUUCACGUAACAACAUCAGCAGCAACAAUAAUAAUAAUAACAAUACCGGUGAUGAUAAAUUACUAUUAAAUGACACUGGUUUACAUGAUUCGGAUACAACAUCACUCUUUCAACAUCAUCCUCGUCAUCAUUCACAUCCGCAUCCACAAUUACUUCCUCAUCAUACACAUCCCUUACUUCAACAUCAGCAUCAAUCAUUAUCGGAUGAGCAGCAACAGAAUCUAAAUAAAAUAAUGGCAAUCGAAAGUUUGGCAGCUGCGGCUGCUGCUGCUGUCGCCAUGGAAAACUCAUCCACAGUUAAUCAACAACGAGCCACAAGCCCAUUGAACGUAUUAUCAGGACAUUGGCCAAUCGCUAAUGAAUUGAUGAUGACAUCACCGAUUCCAUCAACGACAACAACGGCACCAUCAUCCUUUGCUACUUCAAUGCCUGAUAUGAAUGCUUUUUUAGAAUCAUUAACACCGUUAUUUACCGGUGGACCAAUUCCAUCAUCACAAUCAGAACGAAAUGAUUCAUCAUCGACCAGGGAACAACAACAACAACAAGCAGCUUUGUUUACACAACAGAUGAUGUUAUUUCAUAUGUUACAACAAAUGCAUCAACUUCAACAACAACAACAUCCAAGCACGUCAUCACCGAUUCCACCAUUUCCAUUGAUUGCUGCUGCGGCUGCAGCACAACAUCAGUCCUCACAAUCACAAUCAACAUUACCACCACCACCAUCAUCAUCAUCAUCAUUAACUAUGAAUAAUAAUCGGUCAGUCUCAUCAGAUCAAUUAAAUGAUAAUGAUAUUCAAAAGAAAAAAUCACCGGUUCAUAAUUAUCAUCAUAAUUCGAAACACAUAUCUCGUACAUCAUCAUCAUCAAAUCAAAAUUUAAUAAAAAAAGAUACUCAUAUCGAAUCAUCAUCAACGACGAUAGAGCCUAAAACUAAAGUACCAACAUUAGAUCAAGAUUAUGAUGAAAAAAGUGAUCUCGAUGAUAGUACACAUCGACAAUGUCAGCCAUCAUCUUCAUCAUCACCCAAAAGUGAUCGUGAAAGUGAAUCGAUUACAAAUUCAAAUCCAACCCGUAAACUCAUUUCAUCGUUACUUGAUCUAAAGGAUACGAAUCCGGAUGCACCAUUACCUCCAAUGAUGAGCCCACCUAAAGUUGAUUCAUCUGAACCAGCAUCAUUUAACGAGCCAAAUACAUUGGAAUUGUUGCAAAAACAUACCGAACAAGCAUUACAGAAUACAAUGUCUGGCGGUUCAUUUCUUCUGAAUGGUCUUUCAACCACAGAUAAUAAUGAACUACUUAAUUUUCGUAAAGGCAAAGAUGGUAAAGAAGAUCCGGCCAAUAGACAUCGAUGUAAAUUUUGUGGAAAAGUUUUCGGUAGUGAUUCAGCAUUACAAAUACAUAUUCGAUCACAUACUGGUGAACGUCCAUUUAAGUGUAAUGUUUGUGGCAAUCGCUUUACGACCAAAGGAAAUUUAAAAGUUCAUUUUCAACGUCAUAAAGCUAAAUAUCCACAUGUAAAGAUGAAUCCUCAUCCGGUACCUGAACAUUUGGAUAAAUUUCAUCCACCAUUGGAACCACCAUCAAAUUCCCAAUCACCACCACCACCACCGCCACCACCUCCCACAUCAUCAUCCUCAUAUUCACAAUCAAACACUUUACACAUUCCAGCGAUAUUCAGCUCUACAUUGAUUCCAUAUGCAAAUGAUGAUGCCAUUAUUAAUAAAUCCUCAAAUAAUAGUGAUAAAGCUAAAUCAAAACCAAAAAGUCUAUUUGACUUUGCGAAUUUCUAUAAAAAUGGCAAUGAAUCCCGUGUGAAUGAUAAUGAUGUUGAUGAUGAUGGUAAUAAUAUUGACGAUGAUGAUGAUGAUGAUGAUGAUGAUGAUGAUGAUGAUGUUGUUGAUGAUGAUGGUAAUAAUAUUGACGAUGAUGAUGCUGAUGACGACAAUAAUGACGAUGAUAAUGAUAUUAAAGAUUCCAUCAAAAGUGACCAUUCCGAUAUUAGUAGUCAUCAUUCGGAUGAUGAAAAACAGGAAGAACAAUCAAAACAAAAUAAAAAGAAUCAAAAAUGUAAAUCAGAUCAAACAACAUUUGAUAGUUCGGAUACAGAUCUGGAUACAGAUGAUGGCGACAGCCAACGACGUGAACCAUCAUCUGAAAAUGAUAAAAAUAAAAAGAAAAAAAGCAAAGAUCAUCAUGAAAAUGAUAAUAGUGAAAAUAAUGAAGAUGAAAAUAGUAGAGGUGAAAUUGAUGAUCAUCAUGAUGUGAAUGAAAUCGAUGAUAUGGAUGAUCUGAAUGAUGAUGAUGAUGAUGAAUUGUAUGAAGAUGAAUUUGGCAUUCCAUAUGGUUUAAUAUCAUCGAAAACUUCAUUGCAAGGAUUAAUGGGAUUACCAUUGAACAUGGAUGCAAAUGGAUUUUCCAAUUCGGUCUCUUUACCUGCUUCAUUGGCUGCAAAUAAUUCAUCCGUCGCGCAAUUUCCACGAAUGUCUGACAGUAUGAGCGAAUCUGAUCUAGUAGAAGAAGCUUCUAAAGAUCCGAUUUUAUAUCAAAAUCUAUUACCUAAACCAGGUAGUACUGAUAGCACAUGGGAAACAUUGAUGGAAGUGCAGAAAGCAUCGGAAACGGUUAAAUUACAACAAUUGGUUGAUAAUAUCGAACAUAAACUACAAGAUCCCAAUCAAUGUAUUAUUUGUCAACGUGUGUUGAGCUGUAAAAGUGCAUUACAAAUGCAUUAUCGUACACAUACUGGUGAAAGACCAUUCAAAUGUAAGAUUUGUGGAAGAGCAUUCACUACCAAAGGAAAUCUUAAAACACAUAUGGGCGUACAUCGAGUUAAACCUCCAUUGCGUAUGCUUCAUCAAUGUCCUAUUUGUCAUAAACAAUUCACCAAUGCCCUGGUUUUACAGCAACAUAUUCGCUUGCAUUCUAUCGACCCGAACGGAUCAAAUGCUCCAGACAUUACGCCUGAAAUGUUGAAUGAAUUAAAAAAUAGCCAUAUGAAUUUUCCUCGUUCAUUUUUACCUGUUGGUUUCAAUGGUCCAUUUCCAUCACUACCACCAGGAGCCGCACCUGGUUUAUUUUCCCCUAAUUUUCUUUCGGAGAUGGCAGCUAAACAUUUAAAUCAAAAUUCUAAUUCCUUACCGCUUCAUCUUUUUAAUGCUGCUAAUUUUCCUCGAAUUUCAUCAAAUGAAUGUUCCAAUGUCGAUCUGGCAGAAAAAGAUGAUGAUUUGGCUACAACUGAUUCAGAUACAUCAAAAGACAAAAGAAAAACCGAUACUGAUGACGAUAGACCAAACAAAGUCUCGACAACCGUAGAUGAUGUUCGAUCUAUCAGUGACACUACUGAAAUUGAAGAGGAACCACUUGUAUCACCAAUAAAAAAGAAAAAAAUUGAUGACAAAGAAAAGAAAAAUGAGGAGAAUACGUUGAGUGCUUUGGAACAUCAUGUUAUAAAAUCAACUGCAGAAAUAAGCCCACAAUCACACCGAUAUCAUUCGAGCAAAAAUGGACAUAAGAUUACACACGAUUCAACUCCCACGACUGAUAUCAAUGAUGAGCAAUCAUCUAAAACGAACGAUGACCCAACCAACCCAUAUCCAACGACACCGUUCGCUGGUUUGCCUUAUCAUCCUACAGGAAGGCCAAACACUACUUGUCGAAUUUGUUUGAAAACGUUUGCUUGUUUCAGCGCAUUGGAAAUUCAUUAUCGUUCUCAUACAAAAGAAAGGCCAUUCAAAUGUGAAGUUUGUGAUCGUGGAUUCUCUACGAAAGGAAAUAUGAAACAACAUAUGUUAACACAUAAAAUCCGUGAUUUACCUCAAGAAUUAUAUUCAACAAUAUCACCAUCCGAUAAUACAACAUUAGGAAAUUUUCUUACCAGUAAUAGCAUAACCAAAAUAAUUGGCAAACAAAUGAAUAUUCAACAUCAUCAAAACAAUGUGUCUACAUCUUCAAAUAAUUCAAAUAGCAGUAGCCGUGUGGCAAGUCCACAUACGCCUAAUGGUAAUUCAAUGGAUUCAGAUAAAUUUCGUAAUACUGAAUCACCUGCCACCGAAUCGAGUAAUAACACAACACCUCGUUCAUCAUCAUCAUCAUCGAAUAAACACAUGUGUAACAUUUGUAAUAAACCAUUUUCUAGUGGUUCGGCUUUACAGAUUCAUAUGAGGACACAUACCGGUGACAAACCUUUCAAAUGCCAAGUUUGUGGACGAGCAUUUACGACUAAAGGAAAUCUAAAGGUUCAUAUGGGUACACAUAUCUAUACUCAUAGUAAUCCAUCAAGACGUGGUCGACGAAUGUCGAUCGAUCUACCGAAUUUGAAAUUAUGUGAAAAUAUUGUCCAAAAUAAUUCUUCAUCAAUGGCCGAACAUUAUCAACGAAAAAAAUCGACUGAAAUUCCAUCAUCUCUACCACCAGUAUCAACAGCUGCAUCAACAGCAACACCUCCAUCACUAACGAUGGCUAUUUCUCCAACUGAAAUGACCACCUCGAGUAAUCACCAGAAUCACGAUCCCGAUCUCUUCCUUAGAUUUUUAAAUCCUCAUUUUCUUAACUCCGCAGCUAAUCCCGAAGCAAGUCAAUUGGCAUUACAGCAAAUGAUGUUGAUGAAAAUGAUGUCAAGUCAACAUCAACAUCAACAACAACAACAACAACGGUCUCCAUCGACACAGAUUCCUGUAGAAUUGGCUGAAAACUCUGAUAAAAUACUUUUAAAUCACAGUGGAAAAAAUGAUGAAGGUAAUAAUGAAAACAAAAGCUAUGGCAAUGAAUCUAAAGAACUGGUCUGCGAACCGGAAAUCGAUCUCAAUAAUGAUAAUACUAGUCGAAUUAAUAAUUCCACAUUUAAUCAACGAGUUGAUAAUGAAAACGAAAAAGCUGAUGAUGAAGAUGAAAUGGAAAACCAUUCAUUUCGUUCCGAUCAGGCAAUUGAUGAUUGGUCAAAUAAACCAUUGAAAUGUACUUUAUGUAGCCAGGUAUGUCAUUCACCAACGGAAUUUGAGGAACAUAUCAAAGCGCAUUUACAUGCUGCUGCUGUUGCUGCCAAUUCAAUGUCGGCUACAAUUAAAACCACUGCUGAUGUUGCUUCGUGAUAUCAACUAUGGCGAGUAAAUAGAAUUAAUCAGAGGCCACUCUACUUCAUUUUCUUAAUAGGCCUAUUUCUAAUGAAUAAGGUCAAUGGUCUCAUCAUUGUAUUAUUGUUUAUACAUUUCAAUUUCUUCAAAGUGACACAAAAAUCUGAUUAAAUUCAACCAAACAUAGAGACUGUCAAUAAAUUCCUUUAUCAAUCAAUUCAUAAAUAAUUGAAAAUUCUUCUGGUUUGAAAAUAUUGGACGUAAUUUUCUCUACAACAUGUUUUUAAUUUAUUGAUGUAUUCAUCAUAUUCUCGAUGCUCAUAAUCAUCAUCAUCAUCCGCAUAAAA